AUGACUGACCAGAGAGCCAGGGAUCCAGUGCGAGGCGCCGGAGAGACCGUUAACAACUGUUGUCCAGUGUUGAGGCCGUUGAGAGAGUCCCGUUCUCCUGUUGCUGUCAUGGGCUUCAGGGCAGUGCUGCUGUCCUUCCUCCUGGUGUCUCUGAGCUGCUCCAGAGGAGCUGUCAUCACAGGGGCCUGUGAGAGAGACGUGCAGUGUGGUUUUGGUUUUUGCUGUGCUGUCAGUCUAUGGCUGAGGGGCCUGAGGAUGUGCGUCCCAAGAGGAGUGGAGGGGGAUGAAUGCCACCCCUUUAGUCACAAGGUGCCCUAUCCAGGGAAAAGGCAACAUCACACCUGCCCCUGUCUCCCCCACUUGAUUUGCACCCGGUACAGUGAAAGCAAGUAUAGAUGUACUGACGACUUCAAAAGCCUGGACUUUUAA